ACCAAGAGGAGUAUCUGUGCCUUGAAGUGGUCAACAGUGGACAUUACCUGCACGUAUAGACAUCCCAGCUGGCAUAACGUCACAGAAGUAUCCUGGUUCAACAAAUGGGAGACUGGAGUUACUACAGAUCUAAUCCAGGACCCAGAGUAUGCAGGUCGUGUGAAGUACCAACCAACUACAGACAAGGGCUCCACCAUGAGAAUCACAGACCUGAGAGAGAGUGACUCUGCUGAAUAUAAGUUUAGAUUUACAACAACUGCGGUAAAAUGGGGAAACAGCUUCCCUGGAACAACUCUGUCACAGACCUGCAGGUGAAGGAGACUCCUGGCACAGAGGAAGGGAAGGUGACACUGACCUGUAGCACCACCUGUACUCUAACUGACAAUCCCACCUACAUCUGGUACAAGAACGGACAACUUCUCACCAACCCAAACACCCAAGAUAACUACCUCUACUUAGACCAAAUCAGCAGUGGGGACGCAGGCAGCUACUCCUGUAGUGUUAAAGGCUACGAGAAUCUCCGUUCUCCUGUUACAUUCUUUGGGGAGCCAAAGUCUUUGAAGAAUGCAGUUGUAGGAAUCAUAGUGGUUAUUCUAAUUCUCAUACUCUGUCUCUUUGGGUUCAUGUGGUUCAGGAAGAAGGCCUCCAAAUCCACCUCUGACACAAGAGACAGAAGAGACACAGCAGAGAACGGACAGAGAGACUCUAAUCCAGUGUAUGACAACAUCUCAGGCAUGAACUUGUCCCCUAUUGCAGCACAGAGAGCGAUCACAGACGAGCAGGAUGAUAUUACCUACGCCAGCAUCCAACACAGAAACCAGGAAGUGCCUCUGGACUCCACCGUCCCACCGUCUCUCCCUCAGAAACAGGACGAGGAUUUCCAGUAUGCUACUGUGAAAUUCAACAGCCCCAGUGCUGCUCAAUAGACAUUGGGAGGGAUUCAAUCCAAUCAUAGGUUAUAGACAUUGGAAGGGAUUCAAUCCAAUCAUAGGUUAUAGACAUUGGGAGGGAUUCAAUCCAAUCAUAGGUUAUAGACAUUGUGGCUUUUAAUGUAAUUUUUUUUUUUUUAUGCUUUUGGAAAUGCUAUAUAAUUCCUCAAUUAAAAUGUCUUUGAUUUCGGCUUGAACUAUCUUUUUAAAUUAAAGUACAGGCCAAACUGUUCAGUCCA